UUUUCCUGCCAAACCUGAUGGUGUGCCUAAAGUUAGCCCCCAUGGGCUAGUAUAUAAGACCCCAAGGGUCCAUUGCUUACAUGUCAGUCACAUCGGCUUGGCGUAGGCUUCUCUUCUUGACCACCAACAACCCCACAAACUUGAGAGAUGGCACCCAAGAAGGCCAAGAGGAGGCAGCAGCAGGGAGAGGGUGGAUCCUCCAAUGUGUUCUCCAUGUUUGAGCAGAGCCAGAUCCAGGAGUACAAGGAGGCUUUCACAAUCAUCGACCAGAACAGAGAUGGCAUCAUCAGCAAGGACGAUCUCAGGGACGUGCUGGCCACCAUGGGCCAACUGAAUGUGAAGAAUGAGGAGCUGGAGGCCAUGGUGAAGGAGGCCAGCGGCCCCAUCAACUUCACCGUUUUCCUGACCAUGUUCGGCGAGAAGCUGAAGGGUGCUGACCCCGAGGACGUCAUCGUGAGCGCUUUCAAGGUCCUGGACCCCGAGGCCACUGGCUCCAUCAAGAAGGAAUUCCUCGAGGAGCUCCUGACCACCCAGUGCGACAGGUUCACCGCUGAGGAGAUGACCAACCUGUGGGCUGCUUUCCCCCCUGAUGUGGCUGGCAAUGUGGACUACAAGAACAUCUGCUACGUCAUCACACACGGAGAAGACAAGGAAGAGUAAAUCAUCUCCCUCUUUCAAGAUCUCUACCUCCGUUCAGACCCAUCCGCCCUCCACCAUCUACUCACCCCCUCCUCUCCAACACCCUUGCUUCCUUGCACACGCUCGCGUCCCCGGCCUUCUCUUUCCGCUUGCCAGCUCACUACGAAAAGACUUGUCUCCUUUAUCGAGAUACUCAGUGAGAGGACUGAAGGCCGUGGGGGUGUCCGUGUGUGAGUACCAACAGGGGAACACGGGAUUAUUUUCAAAAUAAAAAAAUAAUCUUGUGACACCGAAACACUCUCCCCAUCUCUGUCCCUGCCUCAUGUUCCUCCUCCUUUUCCCUCCCAUCACUCAUUCUCUCCGUCUGUGUUGAGGCCAACAGUGCAUGCAUCAUGCCUACGUGCAGCGUGUAUGCAUAUGCAGUCCAGUGUAUACAGUGGUCUGUCAGAAAAAGUCUCUUGGGUGCUGUGGCGCAUGCACAGUCACUUGCUUGAAACAAGUAAGCAGCCUGACCCGAGUGGUCUGUUAGUCUUAACCUGACACAGAGUGUUUAAUGGAUUUGUCCCUUUGUAUGUAUUUGAGAGGAGCGCACAGUUUAAGAGUGGGAGUACUGAACUAUAAUAGUUUCCCUACCCCGUCUCUUUUCAAAAUCUGAUUCUCCUUCUCUUAUACACAGGUAUAAACGGAAAAGUUGCAGUAAAAAGAGGAAAGAAUGUUUUAUUCUUGUAAAUAGAGAAAGAGAUGGUGAAAGAUGGUGAGCGGGAGGCAGGGAAGAAAUAAACAGAAGUAAAAAAUAAAUCUCAGUUUUUGACUCUUCUUCCUCCCUCUCACUUCUGUUUCUCUCCUGUUGCUGUGACUGUGCCUGUGUCUCCACUGUAACAAAUAGAGAAGCACAAUAAAACCCAUUAUGUUUCGUA